AUGACUUCUUCUGACUCCAAGCCAGAAAUGGAGGCCAGUAGCACCCCACUCCAGAGCACUGAGCGUGGGCGCUUCAACAUGAUCAUGGCCCGCAGCAAUCAGGAGCACCCCACCUUCCAAGAGUCCGAGCCUUUGGACAAACCAAUGUCACGGUUCCAGGAGACGGCUGACCUAAAUAUUGAAGAUGUGGACACACUCAAUGGAAGGAACAGGAGCGAGCACAAAACCAAUUUGAUCAAGGACCCAUACCUGGUUGUGCGCAGGGGCCAGCCAUUCUGGAUUGAUAUCACCUUCAACAAGAACGUGAGCAAUCUGCAGGAUUUUUUCUAUCUGAAGUUUGAAAUAGGUGUCAAUCCUCAAACCAGCACAGGCACCAAAGUCGUGCUCCCAUCCGACCAGGGGCAGAUGUUGCAGUGGGAUAUGCAGGUGUUGACGUCCUCAGGCUUCAAGGUCUCUGUGACCAUCACCCCACCAUCAGACUGCAUUGUGGGAAGGUUCCAGAUGACCGCUGGGGUCCCGGUUUACUCAAGGAUCAAGUGGAUUUCUUCAACCAUAAAGGACGUCUACAUCUUGUUCAACCCAUGGCUACUAAAAGACACUGUGUACAUGCCCAAUGAAAAUGAGAGACAGGAGUAUGUCCUGAACCAGAGGGGGAUCAUUUAUAAUGGGAAUCCCAACAAACCAGUUGGAAGACCUUGGAAUUUCGGACAGUUUCAGAAAGGAAUACUUGAUGCCUGCCUCUACAUCAUGGAUGUUGCCAAGAUGCCCAUCAUCAACAGGGGAGAUGCAAUCAAAGUCAUCCGGAUGGGCUCUGCCAUCAUGAACUCGCAGGACGACCGUGGAGUGCUGGUAGGAAACUGGAGCGGAGAGUACGGCUCAGGAACUGCACCCACAGCCUGGACGGGCAGCCCGGAGAUCCUGGACAAAUACGUCACAAAAUCUCAGCCCGUUACUUUCGCACAAUGCUGGGUUUAUGCUGGUGUCUUCAACACUUUUCUGCGCUGUUUGGGAAUUCCAGCCAGGGUUGUUUCCAACUUUCGGUCUGCCCAUGACAAUGAUGGAAACUUAAAAAUCGAUGUCAUCCUAACAUCUGAACUGGAGCUGGACACAAAAAAUACAAAGGACUCACUGUGGAACUACCACUGCUGGAAUGAAUGUUACUUGGUUAGAACUGACCUGCCUAUUGGCUUUGGUGGCUGGCAAGUUGUGGACUCCACCCCCCAGGAGACCAGCGAUGGGAUGUACAGAUGUGGCCCUGCAUCUGUAAUUGCGAUAAAACAUGGCCUGAUAUGUUACCCUUUUGAUGCAAAAUUUAUUUACGCAGAGCUGAACAGUGACAUUGUUUUUCGCAUGACGCUGAUGAAUGGAAGGCUGAAGACAGUGUUCGUGGACAGGUCUACGGUGGGCAAGAUGGUAUUGACCAAAGCAGUUGGUCACAAUGGGCAGGAAGACAUCACUCACUGGUACAAAUUUCCAGAGGGCACGCUGGAGGAGCGCAUGGCUGUGAAGAACGCCGAGCAGUACGGGUGCAUACGCAGCGGGACGUCCUUCUCUGACGUGGACGUGGAGCUGGACAUGCACGUGCCAGACGUGGGGCUGGGCGAUGACUUCCAGGUGACCCUGCACCUGAGAAACACGAGCAGGUCCCGUCGCAUUGUGGACCUCUACCUCAGCGGCAACGUGGUGUACUACACCGGCGUCCACAGCUCUCAGUUCAAGUUCCAGCCCUUGCAGGGCACACUGGACCCCUGGAAAACCGAAGUGGCGACCGUGAACGUGCACGCUUACGAAUACAUGAGCAAGAUUGUGGAGCAAAGAGUACUUCACUUCAUUGUCAUUGGGCGCAUCAACGAGACCGAGCGGAUCCUUGCUACCACACAAAUGGUCACUCUGCUGGCCCCCAAGCUCAGCAUCACGGUGGCCGGGAACCACGUGGUUGGCGAGAGCCUUAAUGUCACGGUUGAGUUCACCAACACCAUACGAUUUGAUUUGGUGAAUGUAACAAUACGUAUGGAGAUAUCAGGGCACAUGGUGUUCAGUCCUAAAAGAUACAGGUUGAUCACCAGGGGCUCCACUGUGAAGUGGUCUGAGUACUACGUCCCACAGGCUGUCAUGCACACUAGUGUGAUGGCCAGCCUGGAGUGUGCUACACUGAGGCAGGUGUAUGGCGAGGUGGAACUCGUCGUCACUGACCAUUAA